GCGUAGAGCGCCCGCCCCUCUCGGCUGCCCGACGCUCGCGGCUCGCGCCCAGGCUCGCGAUGGGGAAGAAGUCUCGGGCGGUACCCGGCCGCAGGCCCAUUUUGCAGCUCUCUCCGCCGGGCCCCAGGAGCAGCACGCCGGGCCGGGACCCGGAGCCGGAACCCGACGUCGAAGCGGACUCUACGGCUUUGGCGGCGGCACCCAGUCAGCCAGCCCCAGUGACGAUUCCGGUGACGGCGGCGGCGGCGGCGACGACGACCGUGGUGAUUGCCGCCACCGCGGCUCCGGAAGAUUUUCCUUCAGAAGAAGAUGAGCAGGAAGUCAUGGCGGAGGUUCCCAGAGUUGUUCAGAAUCCCCCCAAACCAGUCAUGACCACCAGGCCCACAGCCGUGAAAGCAACAGGAGGCCUGUGCUUACUUGGUGCCUAUGCUGACAGUGAUGAUGAAGAGAGUGAUGUUGCAGAAAAAACAGCACAGUCUAAAGAGGCAAAUGGAAACCAGUCAGCUGAUAUUGACAGUACAUUGGCCAACUUCCUAGCGGAAAUUGAUGCUAUAACGGCUCCUCAGCCUGCAGCUCCUCUAGGAGCUUCUGCCCCACCUCCAACUCCACCUCGACCAGAACCAAAGGAAUCAUCAGCAUCUGCCCUUUCUUCCACUGCUUCAAAUGGAACAGACUCAACCCAUACAUCAGGGUGGCAAUAUGAUACUCAGUGUUCAUUGGCAGGAGUUGGAAUUGAGAUGGGAGAUUGGCAAGAAGUCUGGGAUGAAAACACAGGGUGCUAUUAUUAUUGGAAUACACAGAGCAAUGAAGUGACUUGGGAAUUACCCAAGUAUCUUGCCACCCAGGUGCAGGGAUUACAACAUUACCAACCUAGUUCUGUAACAGGUACUGAAGCUAGUUUUAUGGUAAAUACAGACAUGUAUAUCAAGGAGAAGAAUGCUUCUGUUUCUAGUAGCAAAAGUGGACCUGUUACAGCCAAGCGAGAAGUUAAAAAGGAAGUAAAUGAAGGAAUUCAGGCUCUCUCAAAUAAUGAGGAAGAGAAGAAAGGGGUGGCAGCAUCACUGCUUGCUCCUUUAUUGCCUGAGGGAAUAAAGGAGGAAGAAGAGAGAUGGAGGAGAAAAGUAAUUUGUAAAGAAGUAGAGCCAGUUUCAGAAGUAAAAGAAACAAGUGCAACAGUAGAAGAAGCAGCGACAGUUGUGAAGCCACAGGAAAUGGCAUUGGACAAUAUAGAAGACCCUUCUCAGGAGGACCUUUGCAGUGUUGUUCAGUCUGGAGAAAGUGAAGAGGAAGAGGAACAAGACACCCUUGAACUGGAGCUAGUUUUAGAAAGGAAAAAGGCAGAGUUACGAGCCUUGGAGGAAGGAGAUGGUAGUGUGUCAGGGUCUAGUCCAUGUUCUGAUACUAGCCAGCCAGCGUCUCAAGAUGGAACACGCAGACUGGUGUCUAAAAGAGGGAAAUGGAAGAUGUUUGUCAGAGCUACCAGUCCAGAAUCCACCAGCCGGAGUUCUAGCAAAACUGGAAGAGAGACUCCAGAAAAUGGAGAACCUGCGACAGGUGCUGAAAAUACAGAAAAAAAUGAUGAGAAUUCAGACAAAGAGAUGGAAGUAGAAGAAGCUCCAGAGAAAGUAAAAAUACAAACAGCACCCAAAGUAGAGGAGGAGCAAGAUUUGAAAUUUCAGAUUGGAGAACUGGCUAAUACCCUGACAAGUAAAUUUGAAUUCUUGGGCAUUAAUAGACAAUCCAUCUCCAACUUUCAUGUGUUGCUCUUACAGACUGAGACUCGGAUUGCAGACUGGCGGGAAGGUGCUCUUAAUGGAAACUACCUUAAACGCAAGCUUCAAGAUGCUGCCGAACAGCUAAAACAGUAUGAAAUAAACGCCACUCCUAAAGGCUGGUCCUGCCACUGGGACAGGGAUCAUAGACGGUAUUUCUAUGUAAACGAACAGUCGGGCGAGUCUCAGUGGGAGUUCCCAGAUGGUGAAGAGGAGGAAGAAAAUAGCCAAGCACAAGACAGUAGAGAUGAGACUCUUUCUAAACAGACCUUGAAAGACAAAACUGCCACUGAUUCGAAUUCUACAGAAUCCUCUGAGAAUUCUGCAGGUUCUCUCUGUAAAGAGUCCUUUUCUGGCCAAGUUUCUUCUUCAUCACUCAUACCACUUACUCCAUUCUGGACACUCCUUCAGUCAAAUGUGCCUGUGCUUCAACCUCCAUUGCCUUUGGAAAUGCCACCACCCCCGCCUCCGCCCCCUGAGUCCCCUCCUCCCCCUCCCCCUCCUCCUCCCCCUCCUCCUCCUCCUCCUCCACCACCUCCAGUAGAAGAUGGUGAGAUCCAGGAGGUAGAGAUGGAGGAUGAGGGGAGUGAGGAGCCUCCUGCCCCGGGGACAGAGGAGGACACUCCAUUGAAACCUUCAGCACAAACCACAGUUGUAACUAGCCAGAAUUCAGUGGAUACUACCAUCUCUAGUUCUUCUUCCAUUAAAGCAAUAAAGAGAAAGGCUACAGAAAUUAGUACAGCAGUAGUGCAAAGGUCAGCUACCAUUGGCAGUUCUCCGGUCCUCUACAGUCAGUCAGCUAUAACUACAGGUCACCAUGCAGCAGGGAUUGGUCAUGGGGCUGCAGGGAUUGGACACCAGACGCUAUCAGUUACUCAUCCAGCAACAGGAAUGGGUCAUCAGGCCAGAGGAAUGAGCCUACAGUCAAAUUACCUAGGACUGGCAUCAGCAGCGGCAAUUAUGAGCUAUGCUGAAUGUUCCGUGCCGCUUGGAGUGACUGGUCCCACACUGCAGUCUGUUCAGGCUCGAGGUGCUGUGCCUGCCACUGCCAUUAUAGAGCCACCAUCGCCACCUCCUCCCCCUCCUCCUCCACCACCACCACCAACUCCCAAAGAACCACCACCGGAGAAGGCAAAAAAGGGAAAGAAAGAUAAGGCAAAGAAGAGCAAAACCAAAAUGCCAUCUCUGGUAAAGAAGUGGCAGAGUAUACAGCGUGAGUUAGAUGAAGAGGAAAACUCUAGUUCCAGUGAAGAAGACCGGGAAUCAACUGCACAGAAGCGAAUCGAAGAGUGGAAACAGCAGCAGCUGGUCAGUGGCAUGGCAGAAAGAAAUGCUAAUUUCGAAGCCCUUCCUGAAGAUUGGCGAGCAAGACUAAAGAGAAGGAAACUGACUCCAAAUACAUAGUUUAAAUUUUUUAAAUAUUUUUAUAAUUGAUAUUGUUUAUGUUUAGUUCAGAGUCAACAAGUUUUACUGUUCUCAAUAGACUGUACAUAUUAUGGAAGAGAGCAUAUGAAUUUCCUGGGCAAGAGCAUACACGUACAAAAUUCUCACAUACGUGAAAUUUGAUUUUUCUGCUUUGCUGAAAGGUGAGGUUGCUGAAGGUUUUGGUCUUGCUGCCUUUAUUCUCAAACUGGCAAACAACCUUAGUUAGGUACAUGAACCUUAGCUGUCUGGAACAUGUGGCUUUGAGUGUAAGACCUCUGUGGAAUACUGUUGACAAUUGAAGGAUUUCCCCCACUUAAUAGAGGCUCAUUUAGUUCCUAGUAUGGCUCUGUCUGUGUUAACUUCUGCUCCAGAACAAGUGCAAUUAAGAAGGCAGCUCUGUAUUCUACCUUGCUUAACUGGGAUUAUCAGAACCUCUUUCUGACCUCUCUAGUAUACCACCCUGAAGUGCUGAGCUAUGUCAUAUUGUUUACCUUGAGCUGGUAGAGGGCUACAGUCGUAUUCUCUUACAAAUCCUAGAAGUGAAUAGCUAAGUCACUCCACACACUGAGUGGCAUAUUUAAAUUUGAAUAUGGACAGCAGCAGACAUUCAUAUCUUUGAAAACUACCAAAUGUAACAAGAGCCAUUGUAUACUUAAUGUGUCUCCAUUGUCUUAGCUUGUUUCAGAAUUUGCCUCCUUUUUAUGAUAAAGUGUGUGCCCUGCCAGACUUCCACCUCCCUUUUAUAUGUGAAUGUAUUCUCCAUAAAAUUCCAGUAUUUAAAAAAAGAAGUUUACUGUUCAGUACUUUCUAUAGUAUCACAAUCAGGUAAAAGUCACUUUAAACUGAAGAAAAGGCAAAUUGUGUUUUAAAGCUGUUUGUUUUUUUUCCAGUUACUGACCUUGUAAAUUUGUAUAUAUCCACUAAUAAAGCUUUUUUAUACUUCUGA